AUGUCGGAAUACUACCCAACUGCAAACGAGUCUUUGGUUGAGAGAGUGUUAGUACCCCAAACAGUCUCUCAGAUAGCAUCGUCUUCCUCAAGUACAAGCCCUAGAGAAACGGUGGCUGAAUCUGACGAGUGUUACUCGUCGAGGAGUGACUCAUUGCUUAGUGGCGGGGAGCCUCGGAGUGAUGAACUGCCUGAGGUUCUAUCCGGGAGACCAGCCCCUGGUAACUUCGCAACUGGGGAGAUGGUUGGAACUGCCUUUGCAAUCUCAGUCGAGGCUGCAGAGAGUAGAGGAAGCGACGGAGAGUCGGGGCUUGCCCAUCACUUUGCGUUGGUAAAGAAGAAAGUGCGCAGGUGUGGAUGUUUACUCUUGCUUUUGUAUGUGUUUUGGGCUGGCAUGAUGUUCGGUUCAAGUCAGCACCAGAAGUACAAGAGUAGCUAUCCUGGCAUCGUAUACUCGCCCGCCCGGACUGUACAAGAGUAUCAAUCAGUUCGCUUUGAUGGGGACAUAAAAACGAUAAAUUCGUAUAAAGGACCCCCUAGCAACGCGAUAGAUGAGGCCUGGAAAGCUCUAUAUGAUGCCGGACCACUCUUGGUGGACAAAAUGGAGCUUGAGGCCGUUGGGAAGGAGAGCAUCGAGUUGCCGUCGCGCCCCGGAAAGCACUUGGUUAAGUUGGCGGUAUUCCAUCAGCUCCAUUGCUUGGACUAUGUGCGCAAAUAUGUGCAUAGAGAGCACUACCGCAUCGACGACAGCCAUGCCGCAGUCUCCGGGAUUGAUCAUGCCGAUCACUGCAUCGACAUGAUCCGCCAGGCUCUGUCAUGUUCGGCUGACCCUACGCUCAUAACCUUCAAGCAAGAUGGCCCAUUUGAUACAGUGGAGGCUGAUUUCAGUGCAACCCACGCUUGCACGAACUUUGAAAAGAUGCGUGAUUGGGCUAAAGAUCGGGCCAUUAAUAUGACAGAGGAAAUCAUCCGGAACCCAGUGCCGUUUAAGGAUGCAGUGAUAGUAUCGCUCCACGGCCAUGGAAAUAGAACAUCAAAGGCCUGA